CCUCAGUCCCUCCUGGGUAUUUUACUCCAGUGCUUGAGCCAGCGCAUUCAUUUCCUGCCGAGAUGUCCUGCCAGCAGAGCCAGAAGCAGUGCCAGCCUCCUCCUAAGUGCACCCCCAAAUGCCCACCCAAGUCCCCCUGCCCACCUCCAGCGUCUUCCUGCUGUAGCCUGGGCUCUAGCAGCUGCUGUGGCUCCAGCUCUGGAGGCUGCUGCAGCUCGGGUGGCUGCUGCAGCUCUGGGGGUGGUGGCUGCUGCCUGAGCCACCACAAGCCCCGCCGAUCUCUUCUACGCAGACACCGACACCAGAGCUCUGGCUGCUGCAGCAGUGGUGGCAGUAGUGGCUGCUGUGGCAGUAGCAGUAGCUGCUGUAGCAGCAGUGGUGGCAGUGGCUGCUGCAGCAGUGGUGGUGGCAGUGGCCAGCAGUCUGGGGGCUCCAGUUGGUGUCACACCUCAGGGAGCGGCUGCUGACCUGGGCCACAAGGAGCAGCAUUAGCAGAAGAACCUGAGCAGUCUCUUGUCCUAUUUGCCAGUAGAAGUGUUUCUGAAAUGCUUUGAAGCUCUCCUUUCUUCUGCUCUUGUUCAUUCGCUGUGAGAUUUACAGGUCUCACCUCUGAUGUUCUCUGGCCUGGGUUUCCCUCUUAUAGUUUUUUAGAGCACAAAAUGCUGAAAUUCAGUUAUGAAACUUAUUUUCUCUGCAACAAUAAAGCUUUUUAUUUCUGGUA